GUGCCGGGGAGGCGUGCGGAGCGCUCCGGGAGCGGGGAGGGAAGGAAGGGGGGCCGAGGCGAUCCUCCCCCCCAUGAUUGGCAGCGCGGCGCGUCCCCCCCCUCCCCGCUCGGCUGCUGCUGCUGCCCCUCGGCCGCCGCGGAGCGCGCAUCCGCGCCGCCCGGCCGGUGCUCUCCGCGCUGCCCUCCUCUUGCCUCUGCCGCUCCCAUUCGGUUGAAUUGGUUUUUCCGCCCUCCUCCCCUGCCAUCCUUUGGGCGCUCCCCCUCUCGCCCGCCCGCCCGGCGGGCUGCCUCCGCGGGCGCGCAGCGCGGGGCCAUGCCGCCGGGGCCGCCGCUGCUUCGGGGCUCCCUCCUCCUCCUCCUCCUCUUUCUCCUGCACUUCCUCGGCGCCCCGGCCCGCGGAGCCGUCUACAGCAACCAUUUCUUGGUGGAGCUGCGCGGCGGGGACCAGGCGGAGGCCGAGCGGGUGGCGGCGGAGCACGGCUUCGGAGGGGUGCGCAAGCUCCCUUUUUUAGAAUCUGGAUACUUUUUUUAUCACAAUGGUCUUGCUAAAGCCAGGAGAAGACGCAGCCUUCAACACAAGCUUCGUCUGGAAAAGGACUCCAGGGUGAGGAAAGCUGUGCAACAGGAGGGCUUCAUCAGAAGGAAGCGAGGAUAUAGAGACAUCAAUGACAUUGACAUCAACAUGAAUGAUCCUUUAUUUACAAAGCAGUGGUACCUGAUUAACACUGGUCAAGCAGAUGGGACUCCUGGACUUGACCUUAAUGUAGCUGAAGCAUGGGAGCUGGGAUACACAGGGAAGGGAGUAACCAUAGGAAUUAUGGAUGAUGGAAUUGAUUAUCUGCAUCCAGAUCUUGCAUCAAACUACAAUGCCAAAGCCAGCUACGACUUCAGCAGCAAUGAUCCCUACCCCUAUCCCCGCUACACAGAUGACUGGUUUAACAGCCACGGGACAAGGUGUGCAGGAGAGGUGUCUGCUGCUGCCAACAACAACAUCUGCGGCGUGGGAGUUGCCUACAACUCCAAAGUGGCAGGUAUCCGAAUGCUGGACCAGCCGUUUAUGACAGACAUUAUUGAGGCUUCCUCCAUCAGUCAUAUGCCUCAAGUCAUAGAUAUAUAUAGUGCCAGCUGGGGACCAACUGAUAAUGGGAAGACUGUGGACGGACCUAGAGAGUUAACGCUGCAAGCAAUGGCAGAUGGUGUGAAUAAGGGCCGGGGUGGAAAAGGCAGCAUCUAUGUCUGGGCCUCUGGAGAUGGAGGCAGCUAUGAUGACUGUAACUGUGAUGGUUAUGCAUCGAGCAUGUGGACAAUCUCCAUCAAUUCUGCCAUAAACGAUGGACGGACAGCUCUGUAUGAUGAAAGCUGCUCUUCAACCUUAGCCUCCACUUUUAGUAACGGGAGGAAGAGAAAUCCAGAAGCUGGUGUGGCUACAACAGAUUUGUAUGGCAACUGCACCCUGCGUCAUUCAGGCACGUCUGCAGCUGCCCCUGAAGCGGCCGGAGUGUUUGCCCUGGCCCUGGAGGCUAACUUGCAUCUGACAUGGAGAGACAUGCAACACCUGACAGUGCUCACCUCCAAGAGAAACCAGCUUCAUGAUGAGGUUCACAGGUGGCGUAGGAACGGCGUGGGGCUGGAGUUCAACCACUUGUUUGGCUAUGGUGUCCUAGAUGCAGGAGCCAUGGUUAAGAUGGCAAAAGACUGGAAGACUGUUCCUGAGAGAUUCCAUUGUGUUGGAGGGUCAAUACAGGAACCUGAAAAGAUACCACCAAGUGGCAAACUAUUCCUCACACUGACAACCGAUGCCUGUGAGGGGAAGGAGAACUUUGUCCGGUACCUUGAACACGUGCAGGCAGUUAUAACGGUGAAUUCCACUCGGAGAGGAGACCUCAACAUCAACAUGACCUCACCGAUGGGAACAAAGUCCAUUCUGCUGAGCCGGCGCCCCAGGGAUGACGACUCCAAGGUGGGUUUUGACAAAUGGCCUUUCAUGACGACUCACACUUGGGGAGAAGACCCCCGAGGCACCUGGGCCCUGGAGAUUGGGUUUGUUGGCAGCCAGCCCCAGCGGGGUGUGCUGAAGGAGUGGACACUGAUGCUGCAUGGGACUCAGAGUGCACCGUAUAUAGACCAAAUCGUAAAAGAUUAUCAGUCCAAGCUGGCCAUGUCCAAGAAGGAAGAGCUGGAAGAAGAGUUAGAUGAAGCAGUGGAGAGAAGCCUGAAGAGUAUACUGAGCAAGAAGUAGUGCUGUGUUGCAUGACAGUGUCUUUCCUUCCCCAGACCCCUCUACUCACCAUUCUACUAUCCAAACCUCUGUGUUAGACGUAUUACAAUGAUUGUCUCUGUAGACAAAUUAUCACCCUUUCUUGAUUCCAAAGUCUUCUAUCUCGUCAAUAAUUAUUUUAAUUGCCACUGAAGCAAUCCAUUUUUUAUCUCUAAACCACAAAAUAUAAUCCCACCAAAUACUAUGUACAGUUUGUGACUGUAAAUGAUGAUUUUUCUUUUGUGUCAUACAAAUAGGUAAUAACCUGCAAAGAAGUUAAAGGCUUUUCCCUUCAUAUUUCUGUGGUAAAUGUUUGUAUUAAAAAAAGAGUGAAUUUUAACACUGGAAGUUGGUGAUAAUUGAGCACAUUUUAAAAAAUGACUGAGAGAGAGGGAAUCACAAAGAGGUUGUCUGGAGAGGUCUUUGAACAUGCUCCUUCUGCAUCACUGACUUCAGUGGGACUUCCUCCAUUGGGUUUAACCAAAGUACCACUAGACCCCCACAAAAAGAAAUAAUCCAGAGAUAAGGAAAAUUCACCAAUCUGAUUGGCAGAAAUCCAAUUGUUUUGAGAGUUUUAUUUCAUACUACAGUUACACUACAUGCACACUUCAGCUACAGGAUGGAUCAACAGAUAUGCAAUAAGGAAGGCAAAGCGAUGCCAAAGCUGGGUGGCAGGGAGAAGUGAUUUGCAAACCGGGUCGGGGCCUCUUAGAAGCACAAGUCCCAGUUUUGCUGGAGUUUUUUUUAGUUUGGUUGUUUGGGGGAUUCUUUUCCUGUGUUGUUGUUUUUUGGGUUUGUUUCUUUAAAUUAUUAUUUGUAAUUUUGGCAAUUUAAAUCAAUUUAUCAUCUUACAGCAGAACAAGCACAUAGGGAUUAGCCGUAGGAUUUCUGGCAGCUUGUGUGCAUCUGCUGGUCUCUCUGCUGAGAUGUUCUCCAGCACUAUAAAAUGAGGCUGUGUCAGCAUUACCAACCACAGAUACCCAUUUUCUGGGGUUUAUAACCCAGCUGCCAGUAAACUGCUGUGGGGAAAAUUUGAAGCACACAGUUUCAGUCCCAAAGCAAUUUUUAAUUUAAAUUUCUUUUUUUUAAGCUAUAUAUUUGCUGGUAUUAUGUUAUACAGAUAUAUUUAAGGAGAAAAAUAUGCUGAAGUUAUUAAAGUGUAAUGCAAUGUUGGCCUUCUUGAGAAAUAAAAUGUAGUAUAUUUGGGAAGA